AUGUCUUCUUCUAUGCAGCUCGUCCGCUACAUCGCGCCGGCCGUUGUCAACACGCCAAUCCGGGCUCUGAUCGUCCCGCAGACUGCAUUGCGCUACAUCGCAGCAGGAUACCACAUCAACGUCACUACUCCGGCUGAGCGCAACAUUGUCACCGCGUCCAGUCUAUUCGGCAUCAUCACUCCUGGCCAUGACAACCAUGCUGUUGCGAACGGCAUGGCUACCGCGCUGAGCGCCUCGCUCCGCAGCGCCAUCCAUCGCUACGGUGACCUUCCUUCGGCUGGCUUCACUUUGAAGAAGCAACACGAUAUGACCGAGACUGAGACCGCGCAGGCCAUCACCACGAAGCCCAUUAUGACAGAAACCAACAUCACAGACACUGACACCAGGGACUCUGGUGCUACGGCCUACGACCUUGACACCGCGACCGAGAGUGAGACUCCUCAUUCGGCUGACAACAUGACGCAGACUACCACCAAGGAGCCUGCGAUGUUCAACUUCGGCGCCACGAACGCGGUCGAAGUUCCUAAGUUCACCAUCACCUCGAUUCAGUCCAACCUCGACAGGCCUCGUGCCACUGAGCUCAAGGCACCUCACAUGACUGACGUCUCCAUCUCACUACCGAUCCGUUCCAAGAAGCCGAGGACCACUAGUUCCACCUUCAACAACGCAACGGAAUCGACAUUCCACACUGUGGUGUCUGCACCACCAACCGUCAACACCAGGAUCCCUGAGUCUGACAUAUUGUACAGCACCUCUGCCUUCGCUCAUGACGUUGAAACCCCGGUUAUGCUCACAAAGGAAGAACAUAACCGGAAGCUCGCGCAGCCUCGCUCGCGCAAGACGUCCGGCACUAAGACCGAGACGUUCCACCAUACCUACCCGGACACCGAAGAGCUCCCAAUCAUGCUCACCAAGGAAAAGCACAACCGGAAGCUCGUGCAACCGCGCACGCGCAUUGUGUCCAACACCAAGGCCGAGACGAUCGAGCAUGCUGGCUACACUUUCACAAUACAGAAGAAUAUCGACACAGGCUUCGGCGCGGACCUGACGAAGACGCAUAUCUUUGAAGCGAACUUUGCCUCCAGCAACACUUCCAACAGCAGCGGCGGAUAUCAGUUCGGAGAAGUUAACAAUGUAUCUGAUGAUGAGAAGCAACAGCAGCCCUUUGGCUCAUACGCUCUCACUCCUCAGACGCUCAAGCUUGAGCCUGAGCGCGUCGAUGUUGCUGCUCUAGCUAGGCUGCAUACGCCUUCGUCUAUCAAAGAGCAGCAUGACACCACAAACACGACGAACGGGAACAACAACCACCACAACAAUCAGGCCAACCACAACGGCCACAACACCACCAACGAACACGCGCUGCCCACGCCCCAACAGCAGCAGCAGAACAAGGGCGGCAAGCGCACUGGAAAGAAGAAGACUACCAAGUCUAAGGCAGGCAAGCACAAGAACGGCAAAUCCAAGAAGUAGACACUUGGGACCUUGCAGGACUUUUGAGCUUUGUACGGGCAGAUUUGCCUGGCUU